AUCUCAUCAAGCAUCUUCACUACAAUCCUCCACUACCACUACUAGCAACUACUCUUCUACUGUUUUCCCAGCUUGAUCCUAUCAUUUUCUUUUCUGCAGCAGCCUACUCCAGAGCUAACCCAUCAAGAUGAUGAACAAACAGAGUACUCUGUUUUCAGCGGCAGCAUUCCUCUGCCUCCUCCUCUGCCUAACGAAGAUCACAACAGCACAAUCCCCUGCAUCAUCCCCUGCCGCCGCACCGCCACCAGCAGCAACCCCGCCGGCGCAACUCCCAGCGCCAACUUCCCCCACCAACGUCACCAAAAUCCUCGAGAAAGCCGGCCACUUCAACACCUUCAUCCACCUCCUCCGAUCCACUCAGGAAGACAGCCACCUCCUCACCCUCCUCAACAACUCCAACAACGGCGCCACCAUCUUCGCCCCCUCGGACUCCGCCUUCUCCUCUCUGAAAUCCGGCACCCUCAACUCCCUCUCCGACGAGGCCAAAUCCGAGCUCGUCAAGUUCCACGUCGUCCCCACUUUCCUCUCCUCCGCCCAAUUCCAGACCGUCAGCAAUCCGAUCGCCACGGAGGCAGGAUCCGGCGGCCGCGUGUCCUUCAAUUUGACGGCGUAUCCCGAUUCGGUCAGCAUUACCACGGGGCUUACCAACGCUAGCAUCGCCGGGAAUGUGUACGCCGACGAUCAGCUGGCGGUUUAUAAGGUGGACAAGGUCUUGCUCCCCGUGGAUAUCUUCACCGCCAAGCCUCCUGCUCCUGCUCCGGCUCCCGCUGCGGCGGAGAAGCCCAAGAAGAAGAAGGGUUCCCCUGCUCCGGAAGAGGAGGCCGCCCCUGUUGUUCAGGUGAACACAUCGGCUGCUGCUGCUGGCGCUGGGAUUUCUGCCGGUUGGGCCUUGAAGGUGACGGCGGCGGCCUUUGCUCUUGGCGUGGCUUUUUUGGCGCCGGCUAUUUGAAUCUGAGAGACGGAAUGCUAGAGUUGAAGACUUUGGGAUGAAUAAUUCUUUUGCUGAAUUGAAUGGGUUCUGUUUUCUAUUUGUGUUUUUUUUUUUUUUGUUAUUCAUUUCAGAAUCCAUUUUGUUUGUACUUCUUCUUGUGUUUCUUGAUUGCUCCAUGUGUGAAUCAACUUCGUGAAUGAUAUUGACAUCGAGUUCAGUAUUUAGUUCUCUUCUACAAUUUUACUUCAACUAAAAUUGAUCCCUAAGCACAAUUGAGAAGAACUUUCACUUUUAUCAUGGGGUUGCUAGCCAAAUUAUUCACAAACUAGAAUGGAAGCCUGCGGGAAUUACUAAAAGUGUUCUUUAUGGUGAAGUGUAUGUUUCACAUUUAUAAAACAUUCUAGUGAUAAGAAACAUGACCAUCCAGCAACUGAUAGUGUACCCAAGUAAUUUUGUCUUUCAUAACUUGUUGCAAAACCUGUAAAUUGUAGCAUUUCAAUUUAGAGAAUCAAGUAACAAGCGAAAACCACCAAACAAUCGAAAGUAGGCAUAAACAGGGAGCAAUUACCCUUGUUGGUAAGCACUAUAAGUCAUAGUGCUUCACCAUAUCCAUAUGUAAACACAGUAACACAGUCUAUUGAGAUUGUGGAUAAAUAGUUACUGUAUUGUUGAAAUAAUUAAAAAUUCACAUAUGUUUAUUUGAUUAGAUCAAUUAUAAGUCCUUAGCACAUACCGAAAAUGAUAUUUUUUUAUGUUAAUCAAAUGAUAUCCUCUAACGUCAGAUUCAUGAUGCUUCUAGUUCUAACAAAGUCCAAUUAGUUAAUGCAUUUGUUGUAGUUAGAACCAUUCUUAAUAAAAAUAAUAGUAACAAUUAUUAAACUUACGGCUAAUUACAAAGGAUCACAUGAUAGAUGAAAAAAUUACAAAAAAGUACCUUUUUGAUGGGACAAUAAGGAUCAAUAAUUUUGUUACUUGUUAUUUUAUAGAGAUGAUGAUGAUGAUGAUGAUGAUGAUGAUGAUGAUGAUAAUUAAUCAAUAGUUUGUGCUCUGCGGCGAGAGGCGGUGCAAUUUUAGGACUAUGGCACGAAAGUUACACUCACACAUACAUGCUUAUUAUUAACUGAAUAAUCAUUGAUGUAUUAAAUGAAAGGCUGAAAACAGUUUUUACCAUAAGAAAUAUAGGAGCCUUAUCUAAAAAAAAUUACUUAGUUUUCAUGAUCAGUGAGAAGAAAUAUAGAAGCAUCCUAGCAAGACGAUUAACAAAGCAUAAAUCAUUGACCAUAAAGAAAACAUUUUUUCCGAACAAAUCACACACCAACUAAUUCCUAAGAUGUUCUUAAACUUUUACAUAAUAAAAGAAGUUUAUCAACAACCACAAUCACGACCAAGAUCAAGCUACCUUACCCAGUUACAUGCAUGCAGUGAGUAGCUACUUUCACAAUUGUUCAGUAUAAAAUAAAAACAGUUUGUCAAUGAAAUAUCCAAGAAGGUUCUUCACAUUAAUCAUGUAAGCAGCCUUCUUUAAAAUCCAAAAGCAACCCAAACUUGCCCCUGCAAACAACAAAAAGGAACUGUUCAAAAAAAAAAACAACAACAAAAAGGAAAACACAUUGAUAAAUAGAAACAACCAAUUAAGAAAAUAAAUGUCGCAAA